AUGAGCAACAACAAGAACAAGCGAUGCAAACGGGGCACUACUGCCGCUACUUCUUCUGCCUCACAAACUCCUACGCCAUCUAAAUCUGCUGCUAGCUCUCGUGAUGCGUCUCCAGCACAGUCUCCUCAGCCUGCUUCUACCACUGCUCACCCAAAACCCCGUCGCACUGUCAAGCUGAAACUUCCUGCUCAGCCUACUACUACCUCUCCUGAUGCAUCCGAAGACGAUCCACUCACACCCCCACCAAAAGUUUCAAGGGCUGAAGUCAACGCUGCCAUACAGGAAGUCCUUGGUCCUGUCAAGACGGCUCGGUCUCAUCCAGCACGUGCUCAAAGUCUCCCGUCCGAUAACGAGCAGGUGAAUGUUGAUCAGGAUGCAGUAGAAGAGGAGGGGAAUGGAGAGAGAGGUCAAAAGGACAGUAGUGACUCAGACAGCGAGGAUUCGGAUGACGAGCCUGAGGAUGAAGAUCCAUUCACCAUCACAUUUGCUGUCCCACAUGAUGCUGUCGAGACUGUCAGCAUCGAGUCGUCCAUGACUUUGAACGACUUCCGCCAUGAAAUUGCAGAGAAGAUUGAUGUCGCCACCAAGUACCUCAGCCUCAGCUAUCGAUAUCCCGAAUUGGUGGAUGCUGUUAGCGAGGAAUGGAAGAGUCGGCAGAUGAAGAGUAGUAAGGCCAAGGGUAAGACGAAGGCAUUGAUUGUGGAGUUGAAGGAUCUUCGGCCAGUGGAUAGUAAAGGCAAGGGGAAGGGGAAGAGCAAGGGAAAAGGUGGGAAGAAGUCGGCAGAUGAACGAUAUAAUAAGGUGUCCUUGUGUGAUGUCGCUAAAAAGUAUGAUAAGGAAGGCUCGUGCCGGUGUCUUAAGAUGGUCUGUGCAUUGGCAGCACCGUAG